AUGGAGAAUAUAUACAAUAAUUUUUAUGUGAAUUCAAUCAAUUUGCAGUUAAACCAUGAAAUCAAAAUAAAAGAAUAAAGAAGACUAAAAUAAAAUCUGAAAAUUAGUUACAAGAUUGACUUUUUAGUCAUUUAUGAAUAAAUCACUUUGAUUUAUAGCAUAAUUUGUUAUUUCUUGAAUUUAAAAAAUAUACUGAUUCAAAAAAAUCAUUUAGAGGAAUUCAUAUCAAUUAUUAAUUAUAAGAGCUGA